CAGUCCCCCGGAACGGGUCCUGGGCUCUCGCGGGCAGGGCCGGCCGGGGCUGCGGGGCCGGCACGAGGGAGGCGGCCCCGGGGACCGGACAGGGCGGGGGCGGGGACGCGGCCGCCUGGGCGGUUCCGGGUGCUCCAGGCGCGGCGCUGCCCGAAGCGCACUUGAUCGAGGUCGGGCUGCGGGGAAGGGCGGAUCUGGGGAGAACCCCGAGAGCCGCGGCGUCCUCCAACUCCUCCUCCUCCUCUUCCUCGCUGCCGCCAGAGCAACAGCCAGAGCCCGAGCCUGAGCCGGCGCCACCGCGCCCCUGGCCAUGGCUUUCGCCAAUUUCCGCCGCAUCCUGCGCCUGUCUACCUUCGAAAAGAGAAAGUCCCGCGAAUACGAGCAUGUCCGCCGCGACCUGGACCCCAACGACGUGUGGGAGAUCGUGGGCGAGCUGGGCGACGGCGCCUUCGGCAAGGUUUACAAGGCCAAGAAUAAGGAGACGGGUGCCUUGGCUGCGGCCAAAGUCAUUGAAACCAAGAGUGAGGAGGAGCUGGAGGACUACAUCGUGGAGAUUGAGAUCCUGGCCACCUGUGACCACCCCUACAUCGUGAAGCUCCUGGGAGCCUACUAUCACAACGGGAAGCUGUGGAUCAUGAUUGAGUUCUGUCCAGGGGGAGCCGUGGAUGCUAUCAUGCUGGAGCUGGACAGAGGCCUCACAGAGCCCCAAAUACAGGUCGUCUGCCGCCAGAUGCUAGAAGCUCUCAACUUCCUGCACAGCAAGAGGAUCAUCCACCGAGAUCUGAAAGCUGGCAACGUGCUGAUGACCCUCGAGGGAGACAUCAGGCUGGCUGACUUUGGUGUGUCUGCCAAGAAUCUGAAGACUCUGCAGAAACGAGAUUCCUUCAUAGGCACGCCUUACUGGAUGGCCCCCGAGGUGGUCAUGUGUGAGACCAUGAAGGACACGCCGUACGACUACAAAGCCGACAUCUGGUCCCUGGGCAUCACGCUGAUUGAGAUGGCCCAGAUCGAGCCGCCACACCACGAGCUCAACCCCAUGCGGGUCCUGCUAAAGAUAGCCAAGUCGGAUCCUCCCACGUUGCUCACGCCCUCUAAGUGGUCUGUAGAGUUCCGUGACUUCCUGAAGAUAGCCCUGGAUAAGAACCCAGAAACCCGGCCCAGUGCCGCACAGCUGCUAGAGCACCCCUUCGUCAGCAGCGUCACCAGUAACAAGGCUCUGCGGGAGCUGGUGGCUGAGGCCAAGGCUGAGGUGAUGGAGGAGAUCGAAGACGGUCGGGAUGAGGGGGAAGAGGAGGACACCGUGGAGGCCGCCUCUACCCUGGAGAACCAUACUCAGAACUCCUCUGAGGUGAGUCCGCUGAGACUCAACACUGACAAGCCUCUCAAGGAGUCACCUUCCACCCCACUGGCACCCAGCCAGCCUCAGGACAGUGUGAAUGGGCCCUGCAGCCAGCCCUCUGGGGACGGAUCCCUCCAAACCACCAGUCCCCCAGAUGUGACCCCUGGAAAUGAGAACGGCCUGGCAGUGCCUGUACCCCUGAGGAAGUCCCGACCCAUGUCAAUGGAUGCCAGAAUUCAGGUAGCCCAGGAGAAGCAAGUCACUGAGCCAGGUGGGGACCUCAGCCCAGCAGCCAACAGAUCCCAAAAAGCCAGCCAGAGCCGACCCAACAGCAGCGCCCUGGAGACCUUGGGUGGGGAGAAGCUGACCAAUGGCAGCCUGGAGCCCCCUGCCCAGGCAGCUCCAGGCCCUUCCAAGGGAGACUCGGACUGCGGCAGCCUCUGCACCUCUGAGAGCAUGGACUUCGGUACCAAUCUCUCCGCCGACCUGUCCGUGAACAAAGAGACGGGCUCUCUGUCCAUCAAGGACCCGAAGCUACACAACAGAACCCUCAAGCGGACACGCAAAUUUGUGGUGGAUGGUGUGGAGGUGAGCAUCACCACCUCCAAGAUCAUCAGCGAAGAUGAGAAGAAGGAUGAGGAGAUGAGAUUUCUCAGGCGCCAGGAACUCAGAGAGCUUCGGCUGCUCCAGAAAGAAGAGCAUCGGAACCAGACCCAGCUGAGUAACAAGCAUGAGCUGCAACUGGAGCAAAUGCACAAACGUUUUGAACAGGAAAUCAACGCCAAGAAGAAGUUCUUUGACACAGAAUUAGAGAACCUGGAGCGUCAGCAAAAGCAGCAAGUGGAGAAGAUGGAGCAAGACCAUGCCGUGCGCCGCCGGGAGGAGGCCAAGCGGAUCCGCCUGGAGCAGGAUCGGGACUACGCCAAGUUCCAAGAGCAGCUCAAACUGAUGAAGAAAGAGGUGAAGAACGAGGUGGAGAAGCUCCCCCGACAGCAGCGGAAGGAGAGCAUGAAGCAGAAGAUGGAGGAACACACGCAGAAAAAGCAGCUUCUUGACCGGGACUUUGUAGCCAAGCAGAAGGAGGACCUGGAGCUGGCCAUGAAGAAGCUCACUGCCGACAACAGGCGGGAGAUCUGUGACAAGGAGCGUGAAUGCCUCAUGAGGAAGCAGGAGCUCCUUCGAGACCGGGAAGCGGCCCUCUGGGAGAUGGAGGAGCACCAGCUGCAGGAGAGGCACCAGCUGGUGAAGCAGCAGCUCAAAGACCAGUACUUCCUCCAGCGGCAUGAGCUGCUGCGCAAGCAUGAGAAGGAGCGGGAGCAGAUGCAGCGCUACAACCAGCGCAUGAUAGAGCAACUGAAGGUGCGGCAGCAGCAGGAAAAGGCGCGGCUGCCCAAGAUUCAGAGGAGUGAGGGCAAGACGCGCAUGGCCAUGUACAAGAAGAGCCUUCACAUCAAUGGCGCAGGCAGCGCGGCUGAGCAGCGUGAGAAGAUCAAGCAGUUCUCCCAGCAGGAAGAGAAGAGGCAGAAGUCGGAGCGGCUGCAGCAACAGCAGAAACACGAGAAUCAGAUGCGGGACAUGCUGGCACAGUGUGAGAGCAACAUGAGCGAGCUGCAGCAGCUGCAGAAUGAAAAAUGCCACCUCCUGGUAGAGCAUGAAACCCAGAAGCUGAAGGCCCUGGAUGAGAGCCAUAACCACAACCUGAAGGAAUGGCGGGACAAGCUUCGGCCGCGCAAGAAGGCUCUAGAAGAGGAUCUGAACCAGAAGAAGCGGGAGCAGGAGAUGUUCUUCAAGCUAAGCGAGGAGGCAGAGUGCCCAAACCCCACCACCCCAAGCAAGGCCACCAAGUUCUUCCCCUACAGUUCUGCAGAUGCUUCUUAACAACCGCCCAGGGCUGUGGCUGGCAGCUUGGGAGGGCCCAGGGCCUUCUCCUUCAUUCUCUGUGAACAUGUAACUCAGGACCUCUUUUCCCUCUUGCAUCUGUGCCAGCUCAAAUCCAGCCCCUCGCCCUGUGCCACCCCAGCUAUGCCCAGCAGAGCUGCCCCGGCGUUCCUGACUUCUUGCUGGCCUGUGGAGGGCGAGGUGUUACUAUGUGUCACCUGACCCUAAUGUAUGUUCUCCUUGAGCCCUAGAUCCCUUCAAGCUGGAAGGGAUGGGGCUGCUGGUGGGGUCAGGGUCCAGGAGGAAUGGGUGUUCUGUCACCUUGAGUCUUCUCUGUUUGCCAAAAUACCAGUUUUGCUCUCUCUGGGCACAAAGCACUGCUGAUGAAAACCCCAUGGGCUCAUCUGUCUGUAAUUCUUGGUGGUUUUUCAGUCAUUCCCAGAAGAGUCACGGAAUCAUUGAGCCAUUUCUGUUCCCAGUGGAGCCCAGCCUGCAGUUGGCUGCUCAGGAGAUGGCCUCGUUCAUCGUGUUCUCCCAGCUCCCAGUUUGCUUUCCACUUAAGAUAAAGCCAUGUCUAUGUGGGAGGUGGGGACCGGGGAAAGAGGGAGGCUGAAACAUUUGUUCUGCUUCUUGGGUGUUUCAUGCCAUCUCGCAUCCCUCUUCUUGCACACGCGUGUGAACGCAUGCGCACACACAGGACUUGGUCUGCUGGCCUGGCCUCUUCUGCCCAGGUGGGUUGGAACACAUUUGCUGCCUGAGCCGGUGCCACUGAGCGUGUUAGGUGGAGCAGUUGGUGUGGUGUGUGCGAGUGUUGGCACCAGAGGCACAGAGAAGCACAGGCUGUACUGCCAGGCUGCGACUCAUGCUGGCCCCACACAGGCUCCUGUGUUCAGGGACUAAUUCCUCAGCACACAAGGCUUCCACAACCCCGUCUGCUCCAGAGCACUCUUGCCCACCCUGUCUGCAGGUGAAAAAGGAGGGCUGUUUCCUCUGCCCCAUGCCCGCCCCACCAUGUUCAGGACUCCCACCUUGCAUUUCAGACCGGGGCUGGCAGUCUCUUGGACUUAUCUUCAGGAAUAAAAAGCAUCAGGGGGAAAUGGAAUGCCCCCUGCCCCGGGAACCUGGCAGAAGCACAGGUUCUGUACCUCAGAUGGACCCCUGGGCCUUCGCUUCUCAGUUGGCUUCCCCAGAUUCUGAUCCCAUGGCUGCAGUGUAUAUAACUCAAUAAAAGCAAAUGUUGAAAGCAGUA